AUGAAGAAGGAGGAAGUUAAAGAAUGCUUGAACUUCCUUGUCGAUGAAAGAUUUCUAGACAGUUGAUAAAGAAGUUUAUAAUGUAACAAAAAAAUUGACUACAACCUUCUGUUUUGCUUCAUCUCUAAAUAUUUGUUGAUUAUAAAACCCAGUUCUCUUUGUUUCCGCAUCUUAGAUAUGACCUUUAUUUGGAAUUCAGUGAUUUUUCUUGUUCAUGUUACAUGUGUUUUGCAAACAAUACUUAACAGUGCAAGGGCCCUCUGUCUUAGGGACAUUCUCAAAUUUUAUUAUUCUGAGGAAGCCUGCAGUUUCAAUAAAACUCGCUUUACAGAAGUUUUUAAGGAAAACCAGAGAGCCUGUUUUGUCAAUUGCUCUAUGAUAUCUGGUUAUUCCAAAAAGGAUAAUGGGCCGUAUGAAAUUGAGAAAAUGGAAAUAAUUUUCUCCACAACCUACAAUUUCACAAUGUUCAAACCAUGCGGUACAUUUGACAACACUGAUGCUUACAUUACUGUAACCUGUGGUGAGAAGAUAUUUAAUGAAAGAAGAGUUGGUGAAUACUGUACAAACAGUACACAAUGUACACAGGGAAAUCCCGAUACGACCUGUAAUAAGACCACUGGAGUCUGUGAAUGUAAAGACGGUUACAUCAUGAGGUUUAAUAAUUGUUUUCAAGGUGAAUUGUCAUUAAACGAGUCAUGUGAAAUAAACGAGCAAUGCAGCAAGACUCCUGAAUAUUUGUUUUGUAGUCAAAAUAAUUCCCGAAAAGCAUGUUUAUCUUUACCUGAGCCCAAAGUUAACGCCCAUAAAAGUGAUGAGAGUAUGGAGGAGAAAGACUUGGGUUCCUUCAUUGGAGUCGGAAUAGGGGGGUUUGUGUUGGGUGUUACUGUAUGUGGAGUUCUCUUUAUUAAUCGUAAUUCCUGCAAGAAAAAGGAAGACCACGAAAGUCAAGAGGUCUCUGCAACUCAAAGCUAUUGUCCGGAAGAGGGAAAUGCUGGCGAAUUCAAGGAAGAGAGAGGAAAACCCCAAAUAAAGGUUGCAGACAAAUUAUCUUAUGGUACAUCCUAUGAAAUAAAUAAUGUUCUUCAAAGCGAUAUUUACAACCAUCUCCAUGAAGAUACGCAUGCGUCGGAGACAGUGUCAGACUAUGACCACGCCCCUUUUAAUGAUCCGGAAGGGGAUACCUACAACCAUCUUUUGAUAACAUGAAACAAGUCAAAUUUUGCUUGUAAACUUAUACUACAUUCGUAUUAGGCAAAGAGCUGUCAAUGCUAUGGACCCGAAGUGCAGUUUUGUUAUAAAUAGACUUGUUAUGUUAAAAGACUUGCGUACAUGUAAAGUAAAAAUGUCGGUAAAAAAUAUAAAUGU